AUGGAUUCGGUCAAAAAACAGUCAAUUGAACAAUUGGAAAUUGCACCUGAUGUGAAUCGCCCUCUUAUCGAUCCAAUAGCUGAGAAAAAAUUGCUUAGGAAAGUCGAUCUGAGGAUUUUACCGCCAUUGACUGUUCUCUUUCUUCUGGCUUUCUUGGACCGCACGAAUAUUGGUAAUGCAAAGAUUCAGGGUAUGACUGCUGAGUUGAAGAUGGGCGGACAUGAUUACAACAUUGCUCUGUUUGUGUUUUUCAUACCGUAUGUACUUCUAGAGGUGCCGUCGAAUGUUGUGUUGAAGAGGAUAUCGCCGAGUUUGUGGUUGAGUUGUAUUAUGGUUCUUUGGGGCAUCGCAACUAUUGGACAAGGGUUGGUCAAGAGUUUCGAAGGACUCGUAGCUAUGAGGGUCUUGGUCGGCAUCUUCGAAGCUGGACUGUUUCCUGGCUGCGUCUAUUUGAUCAGCAUGUAUUAUCAGCGUUACGAAUUACAAUGGCGACUUUCUCUAUUCUUUUCGGCUAGUAUUCUCGCCGGUGGUUUCGGAGGCCUUCUUGCCUACGCCCUCGCGAAGAUGGAUGGAAUAGGUGGAUACUCAGGCUGGCGAUGGAUCUUCAUCAUCGAAGGCCUCUUGACAGUAAUCGUCGGCAUAAUAGCCAGAUUCUGGGUCUGCGACUGGCCCGAAACCGCAAACUUCCUCACAGAAGAAGAACGAGCAAUGCUAACAUCCCGUCUCCAAACCGACUCGGGAGAAGCAAUAAUGAACAGACUAGACAAAGCAGCCGCCAAACGCAUCUUCACCGAUUGGAAAAUCUACACCGGCGUCAUAAUGUACAUGGGAAUAGUAAACACAGGCUACUCCGGCUCCUUCUUCGUCCCCACCAUAAUCCGCGAACUGGGCUAUACAUCCGCCUCCGCCCAAAUCCGCAGCAUCCCCAUCUUCAUCGUCGCUGCCAUUUGCUCCAUCGCCUCUGCCUACCUUACCGACCGCCUCCGCCAUCGUUUCGGCUUUUGCAUUUUCGGUCUCGUGGUCGCGUCGGUGGGAUAUGUGAUUUUACUCGCUCAAGAAGGCUUAUCAGUGGCGGUCAAGUAUUUCGCAUUAUUUCUCGUCGUACCUGGUGGGUACAUCACCCAGCCCAUCGUGCUGGCUUGGGUGCAGAAUUGCAUGAGUGGACAUUACAAGCGCUCCAUUUCCGCAGCCAUGACUGUAGGAUUUGGAAAUCUGGGCGGAAUAGUCGCGAGUAAUGUUUUCUUCACCGAGGAAGCUCCUUUGUACAAGACUGGAUAUGGAGUUGGAUUGGGCUUUUUGUGGAUUUGUGGUGUGGGGUGUGUUGUGUUGUUUUUGGGUGUGAUUUGGGAGAAUAGGAAGAGGGAUAGGGGGGAAAGGGAUUGGAGGUUACAGGGGGAGGAUGUGGAUAAUCUUGGCGAUGACCAUCCGAGCUUUAGGUUCGCUACCUAAGAGGGUCAGGGGAGAGAUUGACAGACGAGUGACAACAUGUGCAGACAAAAGGUCAUCGAGAUGUGUGGCUAGCUUUGUCGGAGGAGGCUGGGAGGCUAGUCGAAACAGGGUGACACCUUUAACAAAACUUGCAAGCCUUUUUUUUGACGAUAAGU